AUGAGCCAGUCCUCUCGUGCCCUGUCGAUUAUUGCAAUGACCUCGGACACGGCUGCACCGAAGAAGGGGCAGAUCCCGCAACAUCGUGUGAAGGCCUCACAGAGCGUGCUAACAGCGGGAAUCAGCGAUGGCCCUGCCUGCAAAGAGCAGACGGGGCCGGUUACAACCUCCACAGCUCCCAGUAUCCAUCGGCGGGUGACUGGGAUCCGGACGAUGAGACUCGCACGCCCGGAGUGA